AUGGAGUUAUCGUUGUUGCAGUUAUCGUUGUUACAGGUAGUUGUCUUGUGCGCCCUAGCCGCGGUAGCAGUCGCUAUUCCAUUGGUCCCGGCGGAGCCGCCGAUUCCUAUUCUGAGACAAAGCGCAGACGGUCCGAAUCCGGACGGCAGUUACAACUACAACUACGAGACAGCGAACGGUAUCCAAGCGCAAGAGCUCGGUUACCUUCGUUAUGCCGGCACCACAGGCGAGGCUCGCGAAGCCCAGGGCAGCUAUAGCUACACCGCGCCCAACGGCGAGGUCGUUCAAGUCAGCUACGUCGCGAACGAGAAUGGCUUCCAACCCCAGGGCAGCCACAUCCCCCCGAUACCGCCGCAGAUCCUCAGAGCCCUGGAGUACAUAGCCGCUCAUCCCGAGGAGAACAACGGUGAUCUUCAAUGA